AUGAAGCAUAAAAGUCAAACUUUGCUGGAGCUAAAGUUAAAAGAACUGGACCGGCUAAAGUCAGAGGCAUUAGCACAUAUGCGGCGUUUGAAUGUCCUAAAAGUUCACUACAUGGACUGGUUCGAUAGACGCCAUAAAACAUUCAUAGAAGCCUUACAGUAUAUUGACUUCAAAUUUCCUCAGUGCCUCUCUCUCAAUGCGACAACCAUCGGGAAUUUCAGAACGGGCUACAAAGCUGCGAAGGCACUGUCCCAAAGAGAAGUUUCCUUAGAAAAGUGUGCGUCUUUGCUGGAGGAUUAUCUAGGAUUUUGGGACCGCUUGGUGGAGCUGAACAAACAAGGUCAGUGUGUGCAUAAGAAAAUCUGCGACUAUCGUGAUGGUGUAGCAGAGAUGAAAGACCCUCAGCUCAACGAUAUGGUACAUCAUCUUCAGCAGCGUCUGAACAUAGAACUUAGAGAUGACUUCAACUUUACGAGUGUUCAGGGCACGUCGUCAGACUUGUUCGCUUACAGAGUUGCUCUGCAAGAUCCACAGUACCAGAAACUUGUUGCCUUCAUCCCACAUUUGCUUCGAACAUCCACGCAGAUAUUAUGUAAUAAAAUGUCCUUGGAAAAGGAAUAA